AUGGACUCGGAGGACGGCCAUUCGAGCCGCCAGCAAACGCCCAAUUUCGACUCCUCUGCCGCAGAGUCUGUCAGUGAUCCGCUGGACGACUUACAACAAGCUGAAACGAACCGAAACAAACGUCGCAUUGCCACUGUUUACGAUGCUGUCGCUGGCCGGCUCUCAUCUCGCAGCACCCUAGCCACAGGCGAGAGCAGCAAAUCUACCCUUACCGCCAAGUACUCUCUGCGCGAGACCAAGUAUAGGCCAGACGAGGUCCUCUUCCGUCGCAAGGAUGCACCCCAGCGCUAUGCUGAGCACGACAUCUACUACGCGCACGAGAGGGACCUUCCACGCGCAGGCCGCGGCGUGUUGCCGGAAAGCGACUUGCUUAAAGCCGUCCACGACUACUCGGGGAGGUUUUACAAGAGUAUGCGACGCCGCAGCAGCGCCACCUCGCUCAACUACAAUGUCGACGAGGCUAGCAUGGAUGAGACCGCGUUGCUUGCGUUUGGCAUCCUGCUCGAGGAAGCCGGCCGCGAGAUCUUGGGCAAGAGGGGCGACAUGGUUUUCACAGAGGGCGUCGAGCCGGAGGAGGACAAAGACAAGGAGCCUUUGCAACUCCGAAACAGGCACACUAUCGACGACACCGUCGGGCCACUGGAGGGUUUCCCGCGUGACUCCCAAGCCGAGAGGGCAUCCAAACGCCGCAGGGUCGGCAGCAAGAAACGGCCAAAGUCUUGA